ACGCUCGCGCCCGGGCUCGCCGCGCGCCGCGCUAGAGGCUCGCGCACUCAGCAGGUUGGGCUGCGGCGGCGGCAGCUGUGGGAGCUGAGGCGCUGCGCGUGAGAGGUCCCAGACGCGUCUGCGGCUCCAGUUCUGCCACCCUCCCCUUCUCCCAUCCCAGUCUCGGUGCCAGGUGCUGAGAAGGGAAGGGCGCUAGCCUUGGGCGCUGCUUCCGAUACCGCCAUCCUUCCUUCCCCAGCCGCGGGCCUCGCUCGGUGCCAGGCGACUCUGCGGGGAGGCGGCGGCGACCUCUGCCUGUCUGUGGGGAGGAGCCCUGUCCUGCAGCCUUGCUCCGCCGCCGGGCCCUAGAGGGUCCGAGAGAGCUCGGUGUCGGUCCUUCCUCUCCCCUUUUUCGUCAGCCGGUGGGAGCAGCGUCGGUCCGAGAGGUCUCUGGGCUGAGGCGGCGGCAGCUCCUCCGGCUCCAUCAUGUCCGCGGGCGGAGACUUCGGGAAUCCGCUGAGGAAAUUCAAGCUUGUGUUCCUGGGGGAGCAGAGCGUUGGAAAGACAUCCUUGAUCACCAGAUUCAUGUAUGACAGUUUUGACAACACCUAUCAGGCAACAAUUGGUAUUGACUUUUUAUCAAAAACAAUGUACUUGGAGGAUCGAACAAUCAGGCUGCAGCUGUGGGAUACUGCGGGUCAGGAACGUUUCCGUAGCCUCAUUCCCAGUUACAUCCGUGAUUCUGCUGCAGCCGUAGUAGUUUACGAUAUCACAAAUGUUAACUCAUUCCAGCAAACUACAAAAUGGAUUGAUGAUGUCAGAACAGAAAGAGGAAGUGAUGUUAUCAUCAUGCUAGUAGGAAAUAAAACAGAUCUUGCUGACAAGAGGCAAGUAUCAAUUGAGGAAGGAGAAAGGAAAGCCAAAGAGCUGAAUGUUAUGUUUAUUGAAACAAGUGCAAAAGCAGGAUACAACGUAAAGCAGCUCUUCCGACGUGUUGCAGCAGCUUUGCCUGGAAUGGAAAGCACACAGGACAGAAGCAGAGAAGACAUGAUUGACAUAAAACUGGAAAAGCCUCAAGAGCAACCGGUCAGUGAAGGAGGCUGCUCCUGCUAAUCCCCAAUGGCAUCUUUAACUUUUCUCCAGAAGCUCACUGCUUUGGCCCCCUUACUCUUUCAUUGACUGCAGUGUGAAUAUUGGCUUGAACCUUUUCCCUUCAGUAAUAAUGUAUUGCAAUUCAUCAUUGCUGCCUGUCUCGUGGAGAUGAUCUAUUAGCUUCACAAGCACAAAAAGUCAGUGUCUUCAUUGUUUAUAUUUUACAAAAAGCCAAAUGAUUCCAACAUAUUCCAGUGAUAACUUUAAAAAUUAGAUACAUUUUCUCAACUUUUCUUCUUUUUCAAUGUUAUGAUAAUGUACUUCAAAAUGAUGGAAAUUUCAACAUUAUGUGGUUUGGUUAAGGAGCAGUUGUUCAUAGCAGCACUUGCCUACCUACUUGAUCUCUGCUUUUCUCACUUCUCCCUUACUGCAUUCCGUAUUCUUACUCUCUCCCUCAAAACAAAUGAGGUAUGACACAGCAGCACUCAGACCAAGCCCAUUGGAUCCUUCAAAUUGAGUGAUACCACCUGCUCUAGGCCUUGGGCCAAGAUGUCCAAAAUUAUUUUUGAGCAGUGAUAUAAAUUAGAUUUUAUUUGAGGUCAAAACUCAACUAUCAUGGUAGGCAGUGCUUGAAUAAGACAAAGAUUCUGAUAUAUCUUCAAAAUGAGUCCUAAUGAACAUACUAAGUACUUACAAGUUAAGUGAACAUACAGUGUGUUUCAGACCAAAACAAAUGAUCCUUUCAUGUGUUAGUCUCUGGGAGAAAAGGAUAACAGUGCUUCAGAACAUGUUUUUAAUACCAAAUUCUUCCAGUGAACUAUUUCUCCCAGGAUUUUAAAAUUGUCAAGAUAAGGUAAUUGUUUAAAAAAAAAAAGAAGAAGAAAACUUUUGUAAGCAAUAGAUUUCUCUUGGGUUUUUGUUCUUUUUUCAAAAAAUGCUAUGCAGGCAAGGCACUAUAGAAAUCAAAUUCCUUUAAGAAGAACCAGUGGGGGGGGGGGGGGGAAGAACCAGUGGAAGAAUUUAAACUUGGCACCUUGAUCAAAAUUACAAUAACCAGUAGAAACAAUGAUACUAAAAGAUUAUCAACAAAAGAAUCCUCAACAGAAUAGCAAAUACUUUGCUCAGGACAUUGGAGGUCAAAUUGAAAAUGGAAAGUUUUCUUACAAGCCCCUAGAGGCAGAUAUGGAAAAGCAUACAUACAAGAGGGAAAGGAGAGAAUGGAAAUAACUCAAUAUUAUGCAGAUUUAUGCCUUAUUUUUUAGCUUUUUUUUUUUUUUUAAUGUUGGGUCUUUUAGUCUGGUUUUGCUUUUUAUUAGAUCUGUAUAGUUUGGUCAAUUAACCAGUGAUUUAGUUUUAUAUUUAAGCUAGAAUUAAUCUUUUUUCUUUGAUGAUAUUUAUUUCUUUGCCUUUUUUUAAAAAACUACUUUCAGUUUUUAGAUGUUUUGACUAAUCUAUUUAGAGCUUCAUCACCAUGGCAAUAUAUAUUUCCCUUAAAACACUGUAAACAAAUAUACUAGGAGUGCACCAUUUUAAUCUUUACUAGUUAUUGUGAGAUUGCUGUGUAAGUUAAUAAAUACAUUUGUAAAUACAUUGUUUGCAGGAAGAAAAUUUCUGAGUUACAGCUCAGGAAAAGCCUACUGAAUUUACGUUGUAAGCAUUACUUAACACAGUAUAAAGAUGAAAAGGCAACAAAAAUAAUUCAUACUCCUUCAGCCCCUCAUUGCAACAAAGCCCUUAACUGGGAGAACCUUAUUCCCCUCUUUCCUCUUCCUUCUCCAAUUCCCACUUAUUGUCACCUUGUAAUAUUCAGAGAGCACUUGGAUUAUGGGUCUGAAUAGAGAAAUGCUUUCAGAUAAUCAUUAGCCCACAUACCAGUAAGUUAUACUCAAAGAUGGGAUGGAGUUGUAAAGUGCUUUUAUAAUACAAUAUUAUUGUUAAAGGCAAGGGUUGACUCUUUGUUUUAUUUUGACAUGGCAUGUCCUAAAAUAAAUAUCAAUUCAAUAUGG